AUGAAUAUGAAAUUUGAAAUGAAGGGUAAUGUCAACAGACAUUACUUUGAGGUCGAAGGUGAAGGUAAAGGAAGACUUUACGAGUAAGUAUCUCCUAAAAAGACCGACCACGAUGGAUAAUUUCACUGCAAUUUAUUUUUCAACACGGAGUUGAAUAAGAUCACAGUCUUCAGAUAAAGGCCUUAUAUCAAAGUAUCAAUCAUUUGGGAAAUAAUAAAAAAUGAGUAAAGACUUUUUUGAAAAGCAAAGUGAACAUGAUCAAAGAUUCAUAAAAAGAUUUUAAAUCGUAACCUAUGAUCUUGUUUUUAUUCGAGUUUGUGAAUUACCUACAGUCUAUGACAACGACUUUUUCGUCUGCUUCCAUAAUCAGAUGAGGUGUAAAGGCUACUGCAGAGCUCAGUCACAGCUAGAUUCAUUUGCGAUACAAAUUACCAACAGUCUCUGACAUCGACUUCUUCAUCCGCUUCCAGAUUUCAAAUCUCAGUCACAGGUAUUUGCCAUACUUUAAUUUCUCACCACUUAACAUGAAAGGUUAUGCAGUAUUUUACUUAAGUUUGAAUUAUCAUGUGUAUCAAAUAUUUGGUUCUUCCUAAUUUUCGUGUAUUUCAGGUCAUACAUGAGCCAUUUCUGAAUAUAAUUUCCAACACUCUUAUCAUCUUAUUUUAGAGGACUACAGAAAUCCACUUUUUGGGUAACUAAGGGAGGACCCCUUCCAUUUUCCUUUGACCCACUGUCGACAGUGUUCAAAUAUGGAAACAGAUGCUUUACUAAGUAUCCUGCCGGCAUGCCAGACUAUUUCAAACAAGUAUUUCCUGCUGGAAUUUCCUUUGAGAGGACAGUUAUAUAUGAGGAUGGAGGAGUUGCCACAGCCAGUGGGCACUUUAGGUAUAAAAGUGAUGAUUAGUAUAGGAUUGAUAUAAUACUCAUUAAAAGAAAUCUUCAAGGUCAUUUUUUACACGGAGAAGGUAGGGUCCUUUUUGAAAGUGUAACUUAGCUGUGAUUCUCCCGAGAACGCUAACUGUCUAGCUACAGGGGAGCAACCUACAGAAACCGUAUAGUGACCACAGAAUAUGCAAACUACUGCAUUUUUAUAUAGACAUUUGUGAGUAAAUGGUUUUAGUUUGAAAAACGUCGCAGCGGAAAUGACAAAAUCUAAAAAAAUGGCGCUAAUAUACUACAGAGCUCAUUGUAAUCUAGGUAUGUGACACAGUUAAAAGGGUAAUUUUACAUAUUUUUAUUGAUAUCUCAAAUUUUACAGUAUUGAGAACAAUUUAUUUGAGCACAUAUCCAUGUUUCAUGGCGUUAACUUUCCCGCAAACGGACCAUAAUGGGAAAGAGGACAAUUGGCUGGGACCCGUCCUCUCAGAAAAUGACCGUCUCCAACAACAUAUUGAGAGGUGAUGUGACUAUGUUCCUACAACUCAAAGGAGGCGGUUAUUACAGUUGCCAGUUUCACACUUCUUACAAGUACGUAUUCUGUUUCUGUAACAGCUCCAACGUUGGAAUAUCAUUCCUUUUGAGCAUUUGGAUCUCAUCUUCUGUGUUUUACGGGAUAAAAGCAACUGAAGAGAACGCUGAGAUAAAAAGGGCCUUGAGAUAACGGCUUUAUACUAAUUUCCCGUGUCAAUAAAACUUUUGGGAUCGAAUAAGAUUCUUCACAAGAUGCUUAAGGUUAUCUAUUGUAAUAUCCUUUACAGCUUAAAAUGUUUCCUUCCCUGCAUUUCUUAGUAAAAUAUGUUCAGGGGAUGGAAAAAACAUCAUUAUUGACACAAGUAAUUGCUGAACUUCACUGUACCAAAAACAAAGUUCAAAAGCAUCGAUGUUCAUAAAACAAGUUAAAACCCAAUGUUGAUAGAGAACGUAAAACACAUAUCUUGUAUUUUUAUAAGUAUUUUUUCCUUUGCACAGAACAAUGGGGCGGUCACACUGUCUCCGAAUCACGUCGUAGAACAGUGUGAGAACUGA